GCUGAACAUGAAUCAUGCAAAACGCGUUUGAUACCCGACAGUUCAGUGUGUGAAUGAAGUCAUUCGGGGUUGUUCAGACACAGUCAUAGUUCCUAAAGAUUAUCAUUACUUUCAUAGUCUGUUUCGACCAGUGACAAAUUAGCAUCUCUCAUGAAUUUCUCAGCGAGUAACGACUACUGCGGGGAUGGCAGAUUCUUACAACAUUCCGUCAUCAUGCAACACAUUGACAAACUGGAGUUGAGACCAACAGACACGGUACUGGACGUUGGAUGCGGUACUGGGGAAGAAACCAAGUCAAUGGCAGGGAAAGUCAAGAGUGUAACAGGCGUUGACGCUUCAGAGGAAAUGGUAGCGGUGGCCGUUAAGACAAACUCGGCACCAAACGUAGCAUACAGUCAAUGGGACGCCCGAGCCGUGGGAGACAACCCAGACUGGCGAGAGGGAUUCGACAAAGCUGUCUGUUUCUUCGUUCUUCACUGGUUUCCCGAGCAGACCCAAGCGCUCCGUAGCAUCUCGGCGUGUCUGAAGCCGGGCGGGCAAGCACUUUUUAUCAUCGACAACCACGAUGACCUCCUCAUUUUCACCCAAAUGACUUCGUUCUUGAAAAGUCACGAGAAGUGGGGUGCUUUUGUGCAGGACUACAAGUCAUCACUGUUCAUGUGGAACCUAUCAGUUCAAGAAACGCAGAAAGUCUUCAAAGCGUUUGGCUGGGCCGAGGCUAAGUGUGAAGUGCGGAGACACGAACUGGUCCUGUCUGAAAUUCAGUUAAAAUUGUCAUUGAAGACAAAUCUUGGAGAAACACCGUUGAUACCAGCGGCAGCGCUGGAUGAUUAUUUGCAAGACCAGUGGCAGUGGGCUUUGGAUCGCUAUGGGGAUAAGUCUCAGCCCAGACAUGUCCUCAUCGGUUAUGAAUCUAUGGUCGUACACGCUUGGAAAUAAGACUUGAAACCCUGUGGCGUUUUUCUCUUUCAAGGAUUUUGUUUUUGCCUUAUUUUGAAUUUUUUUUUAGGUUCAGUAAAAAAAAAAAUUGUGGUUGUAGUAAAAAACAUGGAAAUAAUUACGCGUAUUAAAUUGGUUAAUGGUUUCAAAAGUGAUGUUUCAUCUUCUCAACAUUUUGUGUAAGUACAAAAAGAUUGUAUUAAUAAGGGAAUAAAAAUGUAUUUGGCCGAUUUUAAACACAAUGUUAGGAGUCUGGACGCUGAUAAGGACCCGAGCCGGUCAACCAAUACAAGAGUAAAAGGGACUGGAUUUCAUAGGAGUCAAAUUUCAUAUUACACUGGCAAAGAAGACGCCAGCCGGUUGUUUUAUCAACCUUUUUACGAUCGGCCACGUAACGGGCUCCCAACCAAUAGGAAUGGGUAAACUUAGGUAUUUAAGAAUCGUACCUGGUCUCUUCAUGCCACAUUGGUGGCUGCUGACUGUUUGUUUGUUUGUUUGUUUGUUUGUUUGUUUUCAUGUAAACGUUAUA